GACCGAUUUUGUUUGUGCAGGAAUUUUUAACGGCACUUUUUAGUUAUUAUUUUAAAACGAUUGUGUAGGAAAAUUUUUAAAUCUCACAAAAUGUUUGAAGCUGCAGCUCGUCUCCAGGCCCACAACCAGGAAAUGGUUAAGUGCCUCAGCACCUUGAGGGAACAGCGCCAAAAGUUAGCCGAUAAAGUCGCUAGCCAGGAGCAGUCUCGUGCCCUUUUGGAAGGAGAGAUUGCUGCUUUGCGGCAGCAACUGGCCGUCCUGGACGAGCAGUUGGAAAAGAAUCGUAAAAAAUUGACGGAUCAGGAACUAAAACUGAUGGAUGCUGAAUCCGGCUAUAAUAAAGUUGUCGAUACGAUGCAGAUCCUGUUGAUGUCGGUUCGGAAAGAUGAAAAGGAACUUUUGAAAGCGGAGGACGAAGAUGGCAAAAAAGGAGUAAAAAAAGUCGGAUAGUUAUGUGAGAUUAAUAUUUGUUUGUCUAAAUAUAUUUAUGACCUAAUAUAAGAUAAGAUGAAACACUUACAACUACACACAAAACUUUCGAGGCCGGAAAUUAGCAAAAUUUUGCUCAAAUUUGACCAGCUAAGUACU